AUGAUGAUCGGACCGGUGAAGAAAGGGGUGGUGCUUGAUGAACGCGUCGACGAGAGGUGUAUGAGAACCAGAUCUCGCAGCUCUGAACCGCCUAUUCCUUACGACAACAACAUCAACAUGCUAGAAAGUAGGGCACGAGAGAGAGCAGCACACCUUGAACGGUUAGGCAUGGCAGAACAGCAACGGAUUGAGCAACAAGCUCAAGAAGCCAAACAACAGGCUCAUGUUAAUCAAGCGCAGGCCGAGAGGAACGAACAGCAGGCAUAUGCAAAUCAGCAACAGGCUCAGCGAAAUGAACGGCUAGCUCAACAAAACCAGCAACAGGCUAACCGAAAUGAGCAGCAAGCACAGCACGUUCCUCAACCUCCACCACCAGCUCAGAGACAACCUCCUCCAAAAUCCAAGUUUCACGGUUUACCCGGGGAGGAUCCUUUAGAGCAUCUAGAUCAGUUUGAUUGGAUAAGGAACCAACUUGAUACAGCUUCAAACGGGAACUUCCUUGGGAAGGAGAUAAACGCAGCAAUGGAAAUUGUUGAGAGUCUUGCGAUGUCUAAUGAUACCUAUGGAGAGGAUUUCGACAGAGCUAACCGAUCUGAUGGGUCUAGUAAAGAGUUGUGCAUGGAAAAAGACAUUAGGGAGCUACAGAGCAAGCUUGAUAAAGUUCUUGUGUCUACACAAAAGCCAAUACACUUUGUAGGGGAGUUUGAUGAGCAAGGGCUACGCUUUGACAAUGUGAAUGAAGAUGGUCUCACACAAGAAGAGAUCAACUAUAUUGGGAAUCAACAAAGGUAUCAGCGGUUUAACAACUUUGGGAACAAUCCAAACCUCUCCUACCGAAACCCCAAUGUAGGAAAUCCUCAAGAUCAAGUGUACCCUGCUCAACAACACCAACAAAGCUAUGCUCCUAAAGCUCCAUUUCAGAACAGCUUUCAGUCCAAGCAACAAUUCAUUGGGAAACAACAGAGUUAUGGCCCGCAGAAUCAACCGGCUCAGAGCAACAACUUCAACAGCCAACCGCAGCAACACAAGUUUCCACCAGGCAUCUGUUACAGAAUCAGCAACGGGUUGAGAGCCAGUACGCCACAAUGCAACAAGAUAUCAGGGAGCUUAAGCAGAAUCAAGCUUCAACAUCAUCAAGAGGUCCAGCUUUCCCAGGAAAGCCGGAACCAAACCCCCAAGGAGUAUGUGAACGCCAUCACUUUGAGGAGUGGAAAAGAAUUACAAGCUCCAGCACCUAAGCCAAAUCUCAUUGAGGAUAAUGAGCAAAUUGGUGGGGAGGCAGCCUCAAAUGAUGAGCAACAAGAUGAGGUUUUGGAGAAAGAACCGGUUAAAGACAAGGCUAAAGAGGUGGAGAAGACACCUGAGCUUGAAAAUCCAUACAUUCCACCACCUCCUUAUCAGCCUAAGAUACCAUUUCCAGGGCGUUUCAAGAAGCAGAUCCUAGACAGGGCCAAGGCAGUUUUUGAAAAGCACUUAAAGAAUACUCAAAUGACUUUGCCGAUCAUAGAUGCUUUUCUAGCUAUACCACAGCUUGGAAAAUUUCUAAAGGACGCCAUACUUAACAAGACAAAAGAGCUUCAUGGCCAUACUGUGCCAUGA